CAUCCCGUCGCCCCAACCAAAAUCAAACUCUCCUUCAUAAGCCUCCGCUCCUCCUUUCUGCUCCACCUCACGCACAACACCCACACCCACACCCACACCCACAGCACCACACAACCACCGCCGUCCCCGUCUUUUCACCUUCAACCGCACCCUCCCCAUCGCCACCAUGAACCCGCAAAUCACCAACCUCGUCGUCAUCCUGGGGAUGAUGCAAGUGUCCAAACGCAUCCCCUUCGAAGACCCCACAUGGCUCAACGGCAUCCGCGGAAUGUACAUCCUCAGUAACGUCAUCAUCCUCGGCCUGUACCUCUACGUCGGCUCGCUGAUCAAGAAGAAGAACGACCAUACGACAUUCAAGUACCUUGAGCCAGCGGCGCCCAUGUCGGGCGAGGAGGCCAAGCCCGUAACCACGACGGUGAACGAGUACGACAACUCGCAGCUCAAGGCGGCGUUCAAGGGCGUGCUGAUGGGCGUGGGCAUGAUGGGCGUGAUGCACAUCUACUUCCACUACACCAACCCGCUGCUGAUCCAGAGCAUCAUCCCCGUCAAGUCCGCGCUCGAGAGCAAGCUGGUGCAGGUCUACAUCUUUGGUAAGCCCGCUAUCGGCGACCUCAAGCGGCCAUGGAAGUCUGGCGGACUGAUGCAGGGCAUGACCGGAGGCGAUGCCGCCCCGGCGCCCAACAAGAAGCGCAUCGAGAGUGCCGAGAAGAGCGGACGCGGCGGUGUCAAGGACGAGUAGAAAGAAAAACAAAUGUAAUGGGGGGUCUUUUUUCUUUUUUCUUUUUUAUUUGGCACGUUAUGGGAUAUCCUCUAUACGGACUACGGUUGGGUAAUGCGGCGUGCGGUGGGUAAAAAAAUGUUGAGGUGGGUGGUAUCAUGGAUGUGAAUGUGAUACAUAGAAUUGAUGGUACUGAACUCAA